GAUAAUCACUUAUCAUUAAUUGUUUUGAUACUAAUGAAGAAAACAAUGAUGGGAACGCUACUGCAUUUUCUUUCGGUAUUGCUUGGCGUCCUUUCUAUUUUGGUUUUAGUACAAGCUCAGGAUCAAUCAGGAUUUAUCAGCAUAGCUUGUGGUCUACCUGAACAUUUGAACUUUUCUAGCAACAGUACAACUAUAAAUUACAUUUCAGAUGCCAAUUUCAUAGAUACAGGUGUAAGUAACAGGAUUCAACCUAUAGGCAAUAAUAUCACUGUUCUACAGCAACUAGAAUAUGUGAGGAGUUUUCCUAAUGGAGUGAAAAAUUGUUACAAAAUAAAUGUAACAAAUGGUACUAAAUAUUUAAUCAGAGCAUCUUUCUUUUAUGGUAACUAUGAUAAUCUAAAUGAACCCCCACAAUUUGAUCUUCAUUUUGGAGCUAAUGUGUGGGAUACAAUAAAUGCAUCACUCUACAGAACAAGGGAGAUCAUUUACACUCCAUCACAAGAUUACAUACAACCAUGUCUUGUUAAUACAGGAAAUGGAACUCCGUUCAUUUCAACUAUCGAAUUGAGGCCUUUGAACAAUACAAUAUAUGUCACAGACUCACCUAAAUCAGUAUUAUCGCGCUUCUUACGAUUGGAUAUAGGUUCCAUCACAAACUUACAGUACAGGUACAAAGAUGAUGUGUAUGACCGCAUUUGGGCACCUUUUCAGUGGGAUGGGAAGAAAAAUUUAAGCACCAAUAAUGAUCUAUUACUUCAAAAUAAUCAUAAACCACCAUCAAUUGUGAUGAGCACUGCUGUUACAUCAGUAAAUGCCAGUGCCCCUUUACAAUUUUAUUGGGAUGCAGAUGAUGUAAAUGAUCAAUACUACCUUUACCUAUACUUUAAUGAGGUUGAAGAGCUCGCCGCAAGUGAAACUAGAGCGUUCAAUAUCACAGUGAAUGAAAAAUUUUGGUAUGGUCCUGUGAUACCUACAUACCGGGCAGCAUAUACCGUAUAUAGUAAUAGUGCAACACCUUUGACCGGAGCCGCAAGGUAUCAAGUUAGCCUUUCUAAGACAGAGAAUUCAAGCCUUCCACCCAUUCUCAAUGCUGUUGAGAUUUAUAAAAUAAAAGACUUCUCAGAAUCAGAAACUGCAUAGGAUAAUGCUGUUUGAAGGUGGUUCCUCUGCUAUUAUGUUUUCUGUGUCAGUUUGUAUAUAUGUUUGUGAUUCUGCUUGUCCUUGUCAUAUGGAAGGGAUCAACAGCAGUGGUGGAAGAUUACUAAAAUUGGUGUGGAGAGGUUCCCUUGUCUUGUGCUAUCUGUCUUUGGGUUUGGAAGUAGUUGAUUGAUUUUGGGUGGUCUCUUGUAAUUGUUUAGUUGUUAGUUUUGUGCCUUUGGUAUUGUUUUAGGACCUGGUGUAAAGUGUUUUUGUAUUAUUGACUUCUUUGUACUUCUUGUACUUGAACUCUCAUUUCAAUAAAAAUAGUUGCCCAAGAAUCACAUCAUCCAUUUAAGUUUUUUUUUUUUUUUUUUCACAGCCAGUAUCCGGUCCAUUGGAUUGCCUAA